AUGGACGUAGGAGGAGAAGACGAAAGCGAUCUCCAGGUAGAUGACCUUGUGGUUGAAGACGAUUCCAUGGACGAUCUCAUCAGAGACCGAUUCAGACUCACCGCGAUCUCAAUUGCCGAAGCCGAGGCGAAGAAAAAUGGAAUGGAGAUAGCAGGAUCUGUCGUCUCUUGUUUGGCAGAUUUAGCCUUCAAAUAUGCAGAAAACGUAGCAAAGGACCUUGAACUCUUUGCUCAUCACGCUGGACGCAAAGUUGUGAACAUGGACGAUGUUGUUCUCACCGCACACAGAAACGAUAACUUAGCAGCGUCUUUGAGGUUAAUGUGCAAUGAGCUAAAGGCAAAAGUGCCACAUUCUGAGAGGAAACGGAAGAAAGGAUCAACCAGAAAAGAAGACAAAGCCAGUAGUAGCAAUCCUGUUCGCAUCACCGAUCUUUAA